CUAGUGGGCAGGGCCGUUCAGCGGUUGGGGUUUCUUUACGCUUUCAUUAUUUCUAGACCUCAUUUUUUAUUUCUAUACAAGUGAACUAUGUUCAUAUUCAGGACACUGUUCGGUAAGAUUUAAUUUGAUUUGUGUUAGUGUAAGGGACUAUAAAGAUAAUUACGGCUCUGGGUGUUUAAGAGCAAAUUCACAAGGGAAUAUCAGCGCAAUGAUGGAGGUAGAAUUGUCAAGUGCACAUCGAAGUCAACAGGAUAUGAACUUGAUUGACAUCCUGUGGAGGCAGGACAUUGACCUGGGUGCCGAGCGGGAGGUGUUUGACCUGAGCCUGCGGCAGAAGGAGGAUGAGCUGCGCAGGCAGAGGGAACUGGAGGAGGAGAAUAGGCUGCACCUGCUGAGGGAGCAGGAUAAGGCCUUGCUCGAACAGCUGGAGCUGGACGAGGAGACUGGCGAGUUCAUGCCCUGCCUGCUACCCAGUGAACCAGAGCUGCCCAACACAGAGGGAAACCAGAACACCAUUUUUUCCAGAGUGGAUGGGGAUGCACUUUCAUUUGAUGAGUGCAUGCAGCUUCUCGCAGAGACAUUCCCUUUCGUAGAAACCAUUGAGCUCCCCCAUCCUCCUCCUGCACAUAUCAUGCCCUCCCCUUCCAUUGGCAACAGUAGGCCAGAUAUGCUGACAUCCCAGCAGUCACCUGUGGCCCAGAACCCCAUGCUCUCUGCUCUGCUGGCCCCCCACAAGGCUCCCAUUGCUGUGCCUGUGUCUCUGGAACCAGCCCCUGUGGAUGUGGAGCAGGCCUGGAUGGAGCUGCUCUCCCUGCCUGAGCUCCAGCAGAACUUAAAAAUGCAAGUGUCAGAUAUCCUGGAUCAGAAUGGCUAUACCAGCACAAGCAUGCCCCUAGAGGUGCAGGUCCCUAACUACAGCUUCUACUUGCCUGAGCUCCCAGGCUUGGUCACAAACAUUGAUACUACACCACCUGUCCUACUCAUCAACAACUUCAAAGGGAUGGUUCCCCCUGACAACCUCAACCAAAUGACUCCAGAGCUCAACACAGAGCUCAACCAAAAACCCCCAGAGCUCAACACAACCUACACCACAGACAACCUCUGUAAGCUGUUCUACACUGACCACUCAAACACAAAACCAAGCUCCCCCAUGUUAUCCUAUACUUCCAAUGAGGCGGAGAAGGAGGUGAGACACAAACCACUGGAACCAUCAGAAAUACAUGUCCCCCAAUUUUCCCUGACAGAUGGACAUAGGACUGCUAUAGAGUUCCCCGACUCUGACUCCGGUCUGUCAAUGGACAAUGUCAGCUCGCCUAUGAAAUCCCAUCAGGACGAUAGUUCUAUGGGAUACAGCGACUCAGACCUGGAGGAGAUGGACAGCAACCGGUCCAAGUACAGAGAGAUGUUCUCACUGUCUCUCCAUGGAGAGGAACAACAGUCCUCCCCUUACAACACUGGUCCAGUAUCCCAUUUUCCGGCAGACAGCCUACCCUCCCCAAAGAGUGAGCUCAUAGAGGGCAACGGCCAUAACCAGCGCCCAUUCACCAAAGACAAGUCGAGAAGACACUCUGCGGGCUGCCAGUCCCGUCUGUCCAGAGACGAACAGCGGGCCAAGGCCCUGGGGAUCCCCUUUGCUGUGGAGCUCAUUAUCAACCUGCCCGUGGACGACUUCAAUGAGCUCAUGUCCAAGCACCAGCUUAACGAGGUCCAGCUGGUCCUGAUCCGAGACAUCCGCCGACGGGGAAAGAACAAGGUGGCAGCCCAGAACUGCCGCAAGCGCAAGAUGGAGAGCAUCUCAGGCCUGGAGGGGGAGCUUAAAGCACUGUGCAAGAAGAAGGCGCACUUACUCAGGGAGAGUGCCCAGAGGAACGGCAGUUUGAAGGAGCUAAAGGAGCAGCUGGGGAGUCUGUACCUGGAGGUGUUCAGUCGGCUGAGAGAUGAGGAGGGGAAGCCCUACUCUCCCAGUGACUACUCUCUCCAGCAGACCUCCGAUGGCAGCAUGUUCCUUGUGCCUCGUGUUAAAAAGACACUCAAGGGUGAAGACAAAUAGUCUCUUCCAUUGAACUGUUUUCAUUACUUUUGUCCAUACCUACUGUACAAGACUACCAUGCUCAAAGUUAUAUGCUAGACUAUCAAAAUUAUAUAUGUUGCUUAAGGAGUAGUGAAACAGAAGUGUUAUUUUACUUAAUUCCACUUGGUUAAUGCAAUAAUGUUGUCAAUGUUGAAAUCUCUCCUUAUUUUGUACAGCAAUGCUUUUUUUGUUCCUGUAAUCAUAGCUAUGCAAAUAGAUUUCUACCCUAUUUGCAAUUGAGACAUGAUGACAUGUGUGUAUGUACAGUUGAAGUCGGAAGUUUACAUACACUUAGGUUGGAGUCAUUAAAACUCGUUUUUCAACCACUCCACAAAUUUCUUGUUAACAAACUAUCGUUUUGGGAAGUCAGUUAGGACAUCUACUUUGUGAAUGACGCAGGUCAUUUUUCCUAAAAUUGUUUACAGACAGAUUAUUUAAAUUAUAAUUCACUGUAUCACUAUUCCAGUGGGUUAGAAGUUUACAUACUCUAAGUUGACUGUGCCUUUAAAGAACUUGGAAAAGUCCAGAAAAUGAUGUCAUGGCUUUAGAAGCUUCUGAUAGGAUAAUUUACAUCAUUUGAAUCAAUUUGAGGUGUACAUGUGGAUGUAUUUCAAGGCCUACCUUCAAACUCGGUGCCUAUUUCCUUGACAUCAGGGGAAAAUCAAAAUAAAUCAGCCAAGUCUGGUUCAUCCUUGGGAGCAAUUUCCAAACACCUGAAGGUACCACGUUCAUCUGCACAAACAAUAGUAUGCAAGUAUAAACAGUAUGGGACCACGCAGCCGUCAUACCACUCAGGAAGGAGACGCAUAUUGUCUCCUAGAGAUGAACGUAUUUUGGUGUGAAAAGUACAAAUCAAUCCCAGGACAACAGCAAAGGACCUUUUGAAGAUGCUUGAGGAAACAGGUGCUAAAGUAUCUAUAUCCACAGUAAAAUGCAUCCUAUAUCGACAUAACCUGAAAGGCCACUCAGCAAGGAAGAUGCCACUGCUCCAAAAACGCCAUUAAAAAUACAGACUAAAGUUUGCAACUGCACAUGGGGACAAAGAUUGUACUUUUUGGAGAAAUGUCCUCUGGUCUGAAACAAAAAUAGAACUGUUUGGCCAUAAUUGAGCAUCGUCAUGUUUGGAGGAAAAAGGGUGAGGCUUGCAAGCCGAGGAACACCAUCCCAACCGUGAAGCACGGGGGUGGUAGCAUAAUGUUGUGGGGGUGCUUUGCUGCAGGAGAGACUGACGCACUUCACAAAAUAGAUGGAACCGUGAGGAUGGAAAAUUAGGUGGAUAUAUUGAAGCUACAUCUCAAGACAUCAAUCAGGAAGUUAAAGCUUGGUCGCAAAUGCGCCUUCCAAAUGAACAAUGACCCUAAGCAUACUUCCAAAGUUGUGGCAAAAUGGCUUAAGGGCAACAAAGUCAAGGUAUUGGAGUGGCCAUCACAAAGCCCUGACCACAAUCCCAUGGAAAAUGUGUGGACAGAACUGAAAAAGCAUGUGCGAGCAAGGAGGCAUACACAACCUGACUCAGUUACACCAGCUACUAUUUAAUGAAUCUGCCAGUUGAGACUCUAAUGUACUUGUCCUCUUGCUCAGUUGUGCACCGGGGCCUCUCACUACUCUUUCUAUUCUGGUUAGAGUCAGUUUGCGCUGUUCUGUGCAGGGGAGUAGUACACCGCUUUGUACAAGAUCUUCAGUUUCUUGGCAAUUUCUCGCAUGGAAUAGCCUUCAUUUCUUAGAACAAGAAUAGACUGACGAGUUUCAGAAGAAAGUCUUUGUUUCUGGCAAAUUUUGAGCCUGUAAUCAAACCCACAAAUGCUGAUGCUCCAGAUACUCAACUAGUCUAAAGAAGGCCAGUUAUAUUGCUUCUUUAAUCAGGACAACAGUUUUCAUAAUUGAAAAAGGGUUUUCUAAUGAUCAGUUAGCCUUUUAAAAUUAUAAACUUGGAUUAGCUAACACAACAUGCACAGGAGUGAUGGUUGCUGAUAAUGGGCCUCUGUACGCCUUUGUAGAUAUUCCAUUUAAAAAAUCAGCCGUAUCCAGCUACAAUAGUCAUUUACAACAUUAACAAUGUCUACACUGUAUUUCUGAUCAAUUUUAUGUUAUUUUAAUAGACAAAAAAAUAGCUUUUCUUUCAAAAACAAGGACAUUUCUAAGUGAUCCCAACAUUUUGAAUGGUAUUGUACAUAGUAUUGGUAACCAUCUAUACGCAAUAUAAAAAUAAACAUUUGAAGUGUAGACUAAAUUGCACAUUUUAAUUAAAUCCAAAUUCUGCUUCCUGUAAGGCAUGUCCAAUUCAAAUUCGAUUCAAAUUCAAGAGUUUAAUUGAAAUUCAAGAGUAAUUCGUAACUAAAUUCUGAAUCGACCCCAACCUUGCUAACUAGGUAACUACCCCAUGUUCUUGAAGUAUACAACAGAUAAAAAUGACAGGGGUGUUUUCAUGUAAGGCUUUGUUGACAUUUGUGCAAAUAAAGGUUGAAAGAUAAUCUCCA